UCAGCGGAACAGCAGCAGCAGGAGCCGAAUGGAGUAACCCCAAAGAUAUUAUCCCCAGACAACGUCUUUGUUAUUAUUUAGACGCAGUGUUUUAACAACGCUCAAAACGACGACGCCAUGGCAGACGAGCAGUCCUCUCUACCUUGGUCAAUCGACAGGGACGAUUAUGUUCUCCAUGAGGUGAUCGGGAGCGGAGCCACUGCAGUGGUCCAGGCAGCGUAUUGCAACCCCAGAAAGGAGAAGGUGGCCAUAAAACGCAUCAACCUGGAAAAAUGUCAAACAAGCAUGGAUGAGCUGCUGAAAGAGAUCCAAGCUAUGAGCCAGUGCCACCAUCCCAACAUUGUGUCUUAUUACACUUCCUUUGUGGUGAAGGAUGAACUGUGGCUGGUGAUGAAGCUGCUCAGUGGUGGCUCAGUGUUGGACAUCAUCAAGCAUACCAUCUCUCGCGGCGAGCACAAGAGCGGCGUGUUGGACGAGGCCAGCAUCGCCUCCAUCCUGAAGGAAGUGUUGGAGGGGCUGGAGUACCUUCACAAAAACGGACAGAUUCAUCGGGAUCUAAAGGCUGGAAAUAUUCUUCUCGGAGACGAUGGCUCCGUGCAGAUUGCUGAUUUUGGUGUGAGUGCCUUCCUAGCAGCAGGAGGAGACAUGACGAGGAACAAGGUUCGGAAGACGUUUGUGGGGACACCGUGCUGGAUGGCCCCAGAGGUCAUGGAGCAGGUCCGCGGCUAUGACUUCAAAGCCGACAUCUGGAGUUUUGGGAUAACAGCCAUCGAACUGGCCACCGGAGCUGCACCAUAUCACAAAUACCCACCCAUGAAGGUGCUGAUGCUGACAUUGCAGAACGACCCUCCCUGUCUGGAGACGGGCAUCACGGACAAAGAAAUGGUGAAGAAAUAUGGCAAGUCCUUCAGGAAGAUGAUCACCCUGUGUUUACAGAAAGAUCCAGAAAAAAGGCCAACUGCGGCUGAGUUGCUUAAGCACAAAUUCUUCACAAAAGCCAAGAACAACGAGUACUUGCAGGAGAGGCUCCUACAGAAAGGUCCAACAAUAACAGAGCGAUCAAAAAAGGUGCGGCGUGUUCCGGGCUCCAGCGGUCGCCUCCACAAGACGGAAGACGGCGGUUGGGAGUGGAGCGAUGAUGAGCUGGAUGAAGAGAGCGAGGAGGGCAGAGCCGCUGUGGCAGCUCUGCGGUCACCCAGAGUGAAGGACGGGUCCCAGAAUCUGGAGAUUUUCCAGCCAACAGAUGGUGCAUCAGGUCAACUGCAGCCACCCGGUCCGGCGCAGGAGAGCCCUGCCAAUGUGGGACAAACAGGAGAAGACAUUCCAUCACAGGCUCAGACAGUGAGCCCCUCAAAUGCACCCACUGCUCAGGAUCCGGCCGCAGCCAACGCCAGCAUCCCCAUCAGUCUCGUCCUGAGACUGAGGAAUCUCAAGAAAGAGCUCAAUGACAUCAGAUUUGAGUUCAUGCCCGGCAGAGACUCCGCUGACGGAGUUUCUCAGGAGCUGGUCUCAGCUGGUCUGGUUGAUGGGAGGGACCUGGUCAUCGUUGCUGCCAAUUUGCAAAAGAUUGUUGAUGAUCCUCACAGUAACAAAAAUGUGACCUUUAAACUGGCAUCUGGCGUGGAAGAGUCUGAAAUUCCUGACGACAUUAAACUCAUUGGAUUCGCGCAGCUCAGCAUCAGUUAAGUCAAACAGAGCUUGCAGCAAUAGACAGCAACUAAAGGUAUUGCACAGCUGCAUUGUAGUCAAUUCCAAGAAACCACUACUGCCAAAGAGAGGAGGAGGAGGUGCGAGAGGAGAACGAGGUGGAGCUGACACAGGAAGCUGGCAGGAGUGCUACACUACUGCAGGACACACGAGGACCACAACGAGAAGCGGCUCAGUUCAUCACAGGAAUCCCACUUGAAACGUUUACAGUGCGCUUAUAAAUGGGAGAAGAGAUGCAAUCAACUAUAUCAACUCCUGAUUUUUCUUUUCUUUUAUUUCUUCAUUGUUUUCUUCCUCUUCAUACAUAAGCACAAUCCAAACCAUCUCCUGCCAGUACUGGAAGUGAUUGCCUUUUUUUUCUUUUUUUUCUUCUUGUUUUUUUUAAUUAACUGUGCCACAAAACUCACGAGAGUGUCGUGCCACCUUUACAUGGCACUUUAUUCUACACUGAAAUAAAAAAGUGUAAAAUUCAGCCUUAGUUAUAUAGUUAGUUAACUAUAGAUUUUACCAGUGCGAUUGAUGAAAAAUUAAGUCUAUCUGUGAUUAUUGGGUAUAUUCUAUGUACGCAUAUCUAUGAAAAAUCCCUCUCAAGAGAGAGUUGAACCAUAGUUAUAGUUUAGUUAACUUUGUAAAUUCAGAUGGGUUUUUACUAUCCGAUUCUUGUAUGAGGCAGUGCGCUGACUUCUUUUCUCCAUAGUAUCAGUGUCUGGUGGUUUUGUCCAAACUUAACCAAAGAGUUCAGGCUCUGAUUGCACUGCUGAAAUCAUAGAAAUACACAUAAAUCAGCUGUAACUGCUCUGUCCCAGUACUGCAGUUGCGACACUUUGUCAGAGGUAUUUAAAGACAGGAUUAUUUUCACAGAUUGAGACCUGCCUGAUAUUCUUAUACUAUGCAAUAGUUGUUUUUUCCGUUGACCGCAUGUGACCUCUGGUUUUUAUAAUAUUUCUCUUGGGUUGAAUAAAACUACAUUUUGUGCUUGUACCUCAAAAGAAGUUCAUAAAGAGUCGACCAGCAAAACAGGCAGCUUCAAAAUUUACUGUUCCUCACAAGCAUGUUGACUUUGUGAUGCUUUACACACCUACAGACAGACAUGGGUAAUUGGUUAUUACCUUUUUUUUUUUUUUUAAUUAGUCCUGAUGAACCUUCUAAGAGGUAAUCAGACCUAUUUAUCAUUAAUGCUGGUGAAGUGUUUUGAGCCCCGUGGGAAGCUCGUGCCACAGGCUGACUGCUAAUGAACUUCUGUGGAGAUGUGCAUGCUCAAAAUCUGAAAGUAUUCCACCAAAGUGAAAUUUGCUUUAAUGGGGCAGUUCAUCCAAAUUGCAGGAAAUCUGUUGCUGAUAGGUUUGCUUUUUAUAUUCCCAUCUGUCAGAGAUUCAUGCAACCAAACUAGUAUAAUUGAGGUGAAUGGAAUUUUGUUUUUAGUGGUCCCAGAUUAAUUGAAAAUUAAAUUUGUGAAGUCUUAACAUUUCCUUUUAGCAUUGAUGCUCUGUUACUCUGGAUAAUCUACAAACCUGUGUCCACAAAAUUCUGUGUUGUGAAUAUUCAAAGUAAAGGAGACGAUAUGUUUUGAAGGAAAUAUUACUGCUAAACUUAAGCCACGUUAAUUCUGUGGCUCGAUAUGCUUCUAUACUUUUUUUCUAGCGCCACCAUUAGGUUGCCAUUUUUGGUAAUUUUGCUGUGGAAUUUAAUGCACAAAUUCCCCUCAGAUUUAAUUGUAAUCAAUUUGGGUAUCCCGAACUAUUCAAAAAAUAAUUAAAUACAAAAAUGCAUAUAUAAUUUGUCCGCACCUGCAAAAACAUUCCCAUCAACCUCAGCUGUAUUUUGUGCUACUAAGAUGCAGAAGAGCAUGAAGAAGCAUUGCUGUACUCGUGUUAAAUGUAAUUUUUAUUGCCAUUAUGAGCACAAAGGAAAUUCAUUUCACCACUUUAUAUUGCAGAUAGCUUAUAUUGCAGCAGAUAUCUCAAAUUUUCAACACAUAAAACCAAAACUAUCUGCAUGGCUGAAUACUACAAGAGUUAAGUUGGGGUUUAUUUUUUUGUAUUUUGGGUGAACUGACCCUUUAGAAUUUUCCAGAGGCCAGCUAUUACUUUAGUUUAUUUUUUUGUGACUAGGCAAGUUGUUUUGACAUUACUGUAGUUUCUGUGCUUUAUAAACACUCACCCACAAGUCACUGUCGUCACUCCCAGUGUAGCUGUAUGGUUGUUUUGUACCACAUGCAAGGGCUGCGAUAUAGCUCCUAGUUCAGGUACUGAUGUAAAUGGUGUAUGUAAAAGAUGUUGUAAAUGUACGUAUGAUGGCAACUCCAUGCACUGUCACACAAACAUCAUGAGGUUUGUAAGUAAUGAUGUAGAUGCAUUGACUGUUUAAGUAUACAUGUUGGAUAAAAGGAACAUUUUACUUGUAAAUAGCGAUUAAGGCAAAUGGAUGGCGAACCUGAUCGGUGACUCAUCUUCUUAAGUACACAGAAUUUAAUUUGUUUCGUAGACUUUUCCACUGUUGGCCUUUUGUCAGAGCAUCACUAAUCAUGCACAAAUGAUUUAUUCGAUUGGCACCUUAUUGAUGUGUUAACGUGCGUAUUUUGGAAUUACACAAUCACACACUCUGUGCUUUGAUGUCAUGAUAUGCAGUUUUUUUUCUCACUGAAACUUGCCCAAGGUUUAUUUGAAUUGAAAAAAAAGCUUUUUAUUAUUUCGCAAAGUCGGACAGCACAGGUUACAUCUCUCACUGUGUGUGUGUGUGUGUGUGCGUGUGAUUUUGGUGGUAAAUGAUUAAUCAUCAAAGGUUUUGUGCUGAGUCACCUAGAUUUUUGAAAUUUAUUUUCCAUUAAUUGUUUACUCAUUAGAACACCACAUCAUUCUGCCUCUUUAUGGCACCACUGAUUAGCAUUAAUUUAAUCAGAUGAUUGGCAAGUAAAUUUCUCGUUUAAUUUUUUUUUUUUUUUUUUUUUUUU